AUGCGACCGGCGAGGCCAAGCACCCGGCUGCCCGCGCUGCUGCUGCUGGCGCUGGUCCUGUCGCCGCGCGGGACCCAGGGGAGGCCCGGGGGCCGCAGGGGCGCGCGCGUCGCCGGCGAGGAGCCGAAGCCCUGGCUGUCCCUCCCCGCGGCCUCCCGGAGCGCAGGUAAGCAGCCCCGCGGGAGCAGGCAGUCAGAAAUAUUCCCAAGAGAUUUGAACUUAAAAGACAAAUUCAUAAAGCAUUUCACAGGGCCCGUCACAUUUUCAGCCGAGUGUGGCAAACAUUUCCACAGGCUCUACCACAACACCAGGGAUUGCUCAACACCAGCUUAUUACAAAAGAUGUGCUAGAUUGCUCAAAAGAUUAGCAGUGAGUCCUCUGUGCUCACAGGCAUAG